AUGGCGACAACACGUAUAUGCAUGACACGUACGGGAAGGCUGCGAGAGGGCCGGUGUUGCGCCGAACUCUGUGACCCGUCAUAUUAUGUGACCCUGCUUGUUCCAAGCCAGGACACGCUGCGGAAAGUUUCCCGGAAAGUUCCGGCAGAGAGCGACGCGUUUCCAGCGGCCGCCUUAGGAGACGAAGAAUGGCUGCGGCUCAGUUUGCAGAAAGCCCGACCCCCCCUGGAGACCAACCACCAGGGGCUGACCGUGCUCCACGUGGCCUGUCUUCACGGACGGCUGGCCUGCAUCGAACUGCUGGUGGACAGCGGCCUGGUGGGGGUCAACGCCAGCUGCCCUGCAGGCCGGCGGCCCGUCCACAUGGUCCUUUCUGCUCACAGCUCCGCCCACACCUACCGCUGUCUCACAUACCUGCUGCAACACCGAGCUGACGUCAACACGGCCACGACCUCGGGGCAGACCCCUCUGCACCUGGCCUCCGCCGAGGGCCUGAUGGACUGCGUGGAGGCGCUGGUGAAGGCCGGGGCCGACGUGCACGCACGCGACAUCCGGGGACACACGCCUCUGGACUACGCCCGCACCCAGGGCCGCAAGACCCUAGCCAGGUAUCUGAAAGACCGCAUGUGGCAGGCAGGCAAGAAGGAGGAGCUGGGGAGGAGGCGGCAGCUGCAGACCCUCUACCGGGACCUGGUGGAUCUGGCUAAAAUAAACGAGGCUAACGAAAAGGUAGCAAGAAAGACACAGGCGGAGGACAAUAUGGAGGAGUGGGCGAGCAAGAAAGGUCUUCCUCCAGUAAAGGGAUUCUGUCCCAGAGUUCAGCUGAGCCGGUACCACGCAACCUGCCUCUCAUCCGAGAGGGACAGAGUCAAGACAAAGCAGACCAAGGCUGCGUGUAAAAACCCACCAGGAGGCGCUCAGGAGCACUGGAACGCCUCCACCAACCCUGCCAGGCCAGUGCCGGGCUCCGUCUCCAGACCCGUGACGGUCCACCGGCCGGAUAUUCCCCCCGUGGAGCCCGACCUGAGAGGCAGCAUCACCUUGUCCAAGAGUGUCAGCGGAAGGCCGCAGUAUACCACCAAGUGGGACGGUUUAUCGCACGCCGCCCCCCACCUGCCGCUGGACACCCUGCAGAGGGCGCUCUUCCCCAAGGCCUUCCUGUCCAGGAUGGCCUCCUCCGGUCAUUUCCAGCCCCGCAGCGUCCUGGACCUGCCGCGCCUCGGAGGCCCCCACCAAGAGAAGAGCGCCUCCCCUUGGACGGAGGUGGCCAUGCACCUGGCCGAGGUGCUGGAGCCGGGACACUACUGAGGAGAAAUAAACAAGCGUUUGAACUUCCCGUGUCCGCUGUAGGAGCUUUAUGCAGGUCCGCUGGGUUAACCUGUGGUUCCCUAACUGGGACCUCUAGACGGGGUUAUCGGGGGCCCCAAACAGCACGACAAAAUACUUAAAUCAAUCUCGGAAGUACCUCACAAUGAGUGUAGGGAUUUGUCCAUUUAGAUUUUAGCAUUCCCCUUCUCAAUCGUUAACCUUUACACCUACUGGGCUCAAUGUUACAUAGGUUUUUUUUUUUAACAAAAUGCAAAUAUUACAAAACCGAUCCCAAAUAUAUCAUCUGUCUUGUAGGUAACUAGAUUAUCAGACCGUAUGACAACAUCGAUUUCUAUUCAAACAUCCAUGUCUAAGCGAUCCUUGAAACAAGCCUAAAGAUCUACUUUGUGUUUCCGCUGUCCCGAUACCAGCCACGACGGCUUCCCUGCCAUAAGGAUCCCCUUGUUGACAGGCACAAGGCGAGCGUUACUCACGUUGUGACGCCAGCAAACCGGUAGCACCGCAAGCUAGGCGGAAGCUUUAGCCAGGUUCGAGCGGAGGAAACGCAUCUCAAAGUGACAAAAUUAGGACUCCAGACAAUUUUGAGAGAGAGGGAUGUGGGAGGGGAGGGGGGGCAAAGAAACUGUGCAAACAGGUUGAGGAGAGGGUUGACGGAAAGGUGAGGAAACCUCGGCGAACUGGGUCAGCUGUCACUGAUGUGGCCCUGCACUUCCCCUCAUCUGCCCCUCAGGGGAGCCACUCUGAAUCCAGGUGAGAGCUUGUCAGCAGCACGGCCGUGUGCCGGCAUCUGCCAUGUACGGCCUGUCACCUGAACACGUGUGUGUGUGUGUGUACACACACCUACAGUUGUCGUGUGUGUACAGUUGACACGUUAACACACACACACACAGUUUCAGUUCGUGUUCUUUCUACCCCGUAACGCGGCACACUGAGACACAAAGCACACUUCCGGCACAUUCGCUGAUGAAACGCACCUCCGUCUCCUUUGUUUUCAUGCGUGCGCCAACGGUUCAAUCGGCGGCACAAAGCCUCAGCAGGAGUGUGCCAUGGGCGCUGCCAUCUCGCUCCCGGACGCAGCAGCUGCAUUCACGGAAACACUAAAAGCAAUUUAUGGAGGCAAAACCCUGCCACAAAGCAGGGCCGAGACAAAACCCUGCCACAAUGCAGG